AUGUUAUACCAAAGAGUAAAUUAAGUAAUUAUACUCACUAGGAACCUGAAGAAAUCCUUGAACCUCCAAAAUCAAAGGUAGAGAAUAGACUUCUUAAGUAUGCCAAAAAGUAUGAAGAGAAAAGGAUGAAACUCAAAGAAUCCAUCUAUAAAGAAAUGAUGCAAGAUCGUCCCUUCAUCUCAAACAUAAACUCACAAAAAAGAAUCAAUCAAAGUGUAGUUGAUAGACUUUAUGAGUCUCCCCAUUGUGGAAAUAAUUGUGGUUAAAUUGAAAAACUAGUCAAAAAAUCAUCUGUUAGAUAUCCAUUACAAGAAAUAGUCAGACCAAUUAGUUCAUAAAAUCCUUAUAUAAACAUCCCAACAUAACAAUCACCUCUUAAGUAAUCACAAUCUUAAUUUUCACAGCAAGGCAAGUUCUUGGAAAAUACAUUCUCACACUCUUAAAAAAUAAAGCCUGCUCGUUAAUCUUCAGCACUAAAAUUCAAUAACAACUCUAUUUAUAAAUAAAAUAGUCAAAAUAGCAUCAUCCAAAUCAGCAUGGAUAUUUUCCAAAGAAAGAAAAGAUCAACAAACAUAUGUUGA